AUGCCAACAAGCGCAGCAUCUGAUUCGACAGUGAAGAAUCUGUUCCAUCAAGGCUACAGCGAGUAUUCGCCGUAUCUACGAGACAGUCGCCCAUACAGCGACAACCACAACGGUGUGCCCGACCAGAACCCCUGCCGGGAUUACUAUUCGCGGGAGUUGGGUUAUUCCAUAACACCGGUCAUCGAGCCUUUGUCUUCUGAAAUGCUACGACUACUGAGGGCAGAGUUGGCGAUGGUGUACUACGAAGAGACAGCCGAAUGGAUUCGCAGGGAGCAUCAUUCUCGGUUCUCCUGGGCGCGAGAAUACUCGAUGAGCAGGUUCCGCGUUUCUCAGUUGGACCCCGAAUAUUUCGCGGCGCCUCACGAAUCGACGAGACUGGUCAAUUAUUUCAACAAAGAGAUCACCGUAUAUUUUGAGCACAGUGGAUCGUCAUCACGGCCUGGCUUCAAAGAUGGAAAGCUCGGUUGGUACAUCUACAAACAGUGGUUUCGGCUCCAUGAUGGGCGCCCACCUUUGCAACGCCACAAUUACUUUGGCAAAGCUAUUUGCUUCGACAAGGGGGGGCCUAGUUGUAUCCCUGAGAUCGUGUUAUUUCACCGGAGUCUUUGCGAUGCAAUGUCCUCCCAGCUUGGCGGCAUGGUCACAAUUUCGAAGGGACUUUCGUCUCCUGGGGCUUUCCUACCAGAGCCUAGCGAGGAGACGCAAUCUUGGCAGGACCAUGGCUUCAAGAUGGGACACUUGUUUCCAGCAGUCUUCAUGGUUGUAGACAACCAGGUUCCACCAGAGAAUCACAAUGUCCAUCCGAUCCCCCCACCAGAACUGAGGACCAAAGAUUCCCACACCUAUCGUGAUAGAGUGGGUCGACCGCGUGAUUCGACAUGCGGGUGA